CACUGCUAAAUUGUUAAGCAGAGCUGCUGCUGCGUAUGAUCAUGAAUGUGUCCGAGUUUUCAAGUUCCACCCGCGCAUUUCUUGAAUACGAUUUAGUCACGCUUUAAAAGUGUAGUUGUGGUUACUGACAUUGCUGAGUUUUUGUCUUGAAAGUCUGCGAGUUGAAAUUCCAGGUUCAAAAUAAUUUGUCGAACUGUCAAGCUCUUAAAAAACAAUGAAUGUACACUGAGGGUAAUGAACAGCGGUGUUGAUGGACACGUAGUGCGACACUACAGAAACCAUCAUAAAAUGCCACCACCCGGUCAAUUGCGAAUUGAUGAAACCCAGCAAAGUGCUAUGCAUUUAUUACCAUAUACCAACGUGACGACCACGAAAAGUCAUUUACAAGCGACACCUGUCAGUAUGUGUUAUACAACCAACGAAGUACUUGUCAUUAUUGCUGUUACAUGUUUCUUGAACUUUGCAUUUAUUUUACUAAUUAUGACAUGCGUUCACUGUUUCACUGAUACGUCACACCACAAAAAAUUUGGAGCUGCUACUUAUGCCGAGAUUCAAGGAAAUGAUCUUUUUGAUUCAGAAAUAAUAGAUGGUGAUAUGGUGACUUUAUUAAGUCCGACCAAGCCUCGAGAUUUUCAAAACACUUCAGUUGGAUUGUUUGAAAAUAAAACAUGCGAUUUAUUUGAAAAUGAACACCAUAUGGAAUCAUGUAAUUCGUUUGUUGACUUGAGACUUGAUCAGAAGUUAUGCAAAACACUGCUGAUAUCAGAGAAAAAUUCCGAAGAAGACUUACUACUAUUUGAAUGACAUAGACCUCAGAUCGCUAUGGAUAAGCCGCCACAGCGAUCACAUCAUAAAUUCGUCAUCAAAUCUGAUAUAAUUAAGCUUAAGAACUUAGAGAAAUUAAAAAAGAAAAUUAAUUUUGGCAAAAUCAAAUGAAUUAUAACAUUUUAUCAAUUGUUUUGAAAAAAAAACAAAAAAAAUAUUCAUAUCAAUUUUCAUUAAAUGUUUUAAUAAUGAGUAAAAAUAUGUUUGAUAUUUAGUUCAUUACUUUAACGAUAUAUUUAAAAAUAUAAUUGAUUAUUUCAUAAUAAUAACUUAAUAAAUAAAAUAAAUAAUCAAGGACAUUUCAAAAAUAAGCCAAAAAAAACAUUUCAAAAAUAAUUAUUUUAUUUU